UGAAGUUGGCAGAGCGGAAAGAAUGUUCGAAGCUAAAGGAACUGCCAACCGCCACAAGCUUCGACGCCCGCAUGUCGGGUUUUCUCCGUUCACCUCCACUCUCCAAGCUCCCACCCUCUUUCUUUCAACACCACUCGACUCACUUCCUCCAAAGAUCGUCUCCAAGACCUUGAUCGCCAAUCAUCGUUCUCAUCAGUCUUGAUUGGCACAACAACCAGUGCUCUACCUUCCUUUCUACAUUGACAAGACACACGACUGCGCCCUGCCGCGAUGGCCAACUCCUCAAGAGAAGGCACUAAGCCUCCAAUCAACCGCCAAACAACGACACCCUUCCACCUGAAACUCUUCUAUCGUGUCAAUUCCUUCCACUCUAUCUCCGACUAUAGCAUCCCCGCUCCUUCGCGCCGCGGUGGGCCCGUUAGCGGCCCCAAUGCCAUCCGCGCGCCCUCCCCUCCACCAGCUGCUGCACCACUCCCUCCACACCUUGAGAUCUACACAUGGCAAUCGUGCACACUCCGCGAACUCUCACAGCUUCUCACCUCCGCCCUUCCCACAUUACUUCCCGAUCCGCCCGUGGGCACCCGCCUCUGCUUCCGUCUAAUCUACCCCGACGCACGAAGCGCAGCUAUGAUGGGGCCCGAUGCGCGUGGCCGAUACUUGAGCAGGGACUUGGGGAGUGUGAUCGUUGGACCGAGAGAUAGUCCCUACCGCGGGGAGGAGGAUGCGGAUGAUCGCGCAGAGGCUCGGCCUCGCGCAGGACCAAUGCGCUUCCAGGGCUCCGAUGCAGACAAAGCCUUGCAAGAUGCCCGCUUUAUUAUCGGGGACUACAUUGAAUGUGCCAUAUUACCGCCCCUGGAGGAUGGUUCGGUUGCGCCCAUGCUCCGCAGUACUCCCGGUCCACCGCCGCCGGUAGGAGGCGGCAUGCGCGCGUUCCGAGACAAUGGGUACGGAGGACGUGGUGGUCGAGGUGGUCCCCGUGGAGGGGAUCGUGGUGGGCCUCCUAUCCUUCCUGCGGGCGAUUGGAAACGAGGGGAGAGACUACCAGAUGGAGGCCCUCGAGGUGGAGGUCGCCGGGGUUGGGCCCCAUAUUGAACGUUGAUCGAAUAUCAAGGAUAGGAUUCGAUGCGCAAAUCAAAAUCCCGUGAUCUCACAGGUGGAGAUAUGGAUAACCCUCUUCGUAGCAGUAAUUUAUAAUAAGUCAGCUUCAAAGUCAAUACGAUAUCUAAUCAAGCCUAAUGGUG